AUGGGGAAUGAAGUUUUAGAUAUGGCCAAGAGGGAAAAUAGAAGUUGUGUGGUGUUGAAAGUUGAUUACGAUAAUGCCUAUGACAACAUUUACUGGAAUUACCUAAAAUUUCUGUUGAAGAAGAUGGGGUUUGGAAACCGUUGGACCUAUUGGAUGGAGGGCUGCGUGUUCAAUAGUUCAAUGUCUGUUUUGGUUAACAGUCUUACGGGUCUAACACAAAGGGCUGCAACGCAAGGCGAAUUCAGUGGCUUUCGUAUUAGUAACGAUAUCACGGUUGAGAUUCUUCAAUUUGUUGAUGACACGGUGUUACUGUGCGACGGGAGCAGCAAUAACCUAUGGAGUAUCAAAGCCAUUUUAAGAGGAUUCAGAAUUUCUUCAGGUCUGAAAGUUAACUUCUGUAAAAUUAGGCUUUAUGGAGUACAUGUUAGCGAUUGGUUGUUAAGCGCAACUUCAUAUUUUCUCGUGUGCGGCAUCGAUCAUCUUCCUUUCAAAUUCCUCGGUAUUAUAGAGGGACACGGUCCAAGGAAGGAAAUCAUGUGGAAGGAUGUGGUUAGGCAAUCUUUGAAGGAAGCGUUUCCUGAGAUCUUCAAUGCGGCUACUGAUGAGCAGAUGAGCGUGGUAGAAGCAGGAGACUGGGUUGAAAAUUGUUGGAAGUGGCACUUUGAUAACAUUGUGCAAGACAUCUAG